UUCCUCCCUCCCCCAAAUUUAAGCGUAUUGACGGAGGAGAUCGCGUCUCCGACCUCCACCUCUCGGAGAUCCAACCGAGAGGAGGGAUUCCGACGCCGACAAAACUCAAUCGCUCUCUCUUUUAGGGCUCGAUCGAGUUCCAUUCCUUCAAUUAGAUCCUUGCUCGAUUUCUCCUCUAGAAUCGCGCCGAUUUCGUUGUUCGAUAUAGUCGGAAUAAUGGCCGAGGAGACGUCGCCUAAUGAUCUCGAAAUGGAGAAUGGAGGUCCCAACGAUAGCCAGGAUGAGCUGGCUCGGAAGGUCAUGGAGCUAAGUUUUCAGAAUGAUUAUCUAAAAGCUCACAUUGAGGGGGUGAAAGAUCAAGAAGUGAGAUCAGUGGAGAUUGUUGGAGGAGAGAAUGCAAGCGGGCAUGAAGUCAGUAGAUUAAAUGAGGAGAUUGAGAGAUUGAAGAAGGAGGUCGUUGAGCAGAAGGAGACGCAGAAGGCGGCGGAGAGUGCUUUGGAGCAUCUCAGGGCGUCGUACUCUGAUGCCGAUGCUAAGGUUCAGGAGCUCUCGGCUAAACUUGCCGAAGCUCAACAAAAAAUGGAACAAGAGAUAAAGGAGCGUGAUGAUAAAUAUGUUGAGCUGGAUAGUAAAUUCGGAAGACUUCAUAAACGUGCAAAACAACGUAUUCAAGAAAUACAAAAGGAAAAAGAUGACCUGGAAGCUCGCAUGAAUGAUGUAAAUAUGAAGGCUGAACAAACUUCAGCUCAGCAAUUAGCAACACAACAGGAACUGGAACGGACUAAGCAACAGGCUAAUGAAGCAUUGCGAUCAAUGGAUGCUGAAAGGCAGCAGUUACGGACAGCAAACAACAAACUUCGAGACACUGCUGAUGAGCUGCGUCAUUCAUUGGAAGCAAAACAAAAUGCUCUUGAACAGUUGCAACAAUCCUAUUUUGAGAAGGAACAGCUGUUAGAAGAAACUCGGGGCUUACUACAUGCAGGGGAAGAGAAAAGGCAAACAUCAAUUGUAGAGCUUUCUGCUAAACACCAAAAGCAAGUGGAGGACUUGGAAGCGCAACUUGCGGACGCUCUAUCUGAAAGAAGCAAGGCAGCUUCCACCAUCUCUUCACUGCAGAUGCUGCUUGGUGAGAAAGAUUCCAAAAUUGCAGAGAUGGAAGCAGCUUCAACUGGUGAAGUUGUACGUCUUAGUGCUGCAUUGGAGGAGGCAAGAGGGGAGCUUGUUCAGCUUGGAGAUAAGCAUGAACAAGAAAAACAAAACUGGGAAGCAGUUAGUCAAGCCUUAAGAACUAAACUGGAGGCAUCUGAGAGUGCCUGCCUGCGAUCUGAGAUUGAAGCAGCUAAAAUGAGAAGUCAAUUGGAAUUGGAACUAUCUAUGCAAAAACAAUUAUUGACUACUCGAGAUGCUGAACUUGUGACUGUUAAAAAUGAGAUUAAUGAUUUAAAAAGAGAAUUCCUAGCAUACAAGGACCGUGCUCAUGCUCUUCUCCAGAAAAAGGAUGCUGAGAUAUCUGCAGCUAAGGAUUCGGAGCUAUUUAAAGCUCAGGAAGAGGCACUCAAUGAAGCUGAAAGAGAUUUGACUGUUGCAUUAUCAGAAAGGGAUAAGGCCAUUCAAGAUCUUCAAGAUGCAUUGGCUAAGCAUGAUAAAGAACUCACAGAAAGGGAUGCAGCUCUUAAUGAUGCUGAACAACAGAUAAAAAGCUUAACUAUGAAGCUCAAUUCUGCUAAUGCUCGCUUUUUGUCUGAGAAGGAAGUGUGGCAAAAGAACUUGGAGGAUCUAGAAGACAACUGGAAAUUGAAAUAUGGCACUUUAGAGGCUCAGAACAUUGGAUAUGUUAAUGUUAACCUACAGAAGGACUUGGAAGAGCUUAAUCUGAAAUAUAAAACAUUGAAGGAAGAGCAUAAUGCUUUCCGUGAUAUUGCGGACAGAGCAAUUGAAGAGAAGGAAAAGGAAAUUGUGAAGCUCUUGGAUGAGAAUAGGAAUCUUCGCCAUUCAUUAGAGUUAAAGCCAUCUGUUGACAACAAUGGUAACCAUAACUCAGGCUCCCAAAAGCAGGAUGCUCAAAGUUUGGACAUAGCAGCAGCAGAACAACAAAUUCUGUUUCUGGCUAGACAACAAGCUCAGAGAGAAGAAGAACUUGCUCAAUCACAAAGACAUAUAUUAGCUCUCCAAGAUGAGAUUGAGGAGCUUGAACGCGAGAAUAGACUGCAUGAUCAACAGGAAGCCAUGUUAAAGGCUGAACUCCGGAACAUGGAGAGAUCACAAAAGCGUGAAGGGAUAGAUAUGACAUACCUUAAAAACGUGAUUUUGAAACUACUUGAAACAGGUGAAGUGGAGGCCUUACUGCCUGUGGUUGGAACAUUAUUGCAGUUCAGCCCAGAAGAGAUAAGAAAGUGUCAAAUAGCAUAUCGCUCCAAUGAUAUAUCAAGUCCAGCUGCUUCCUUGGCUGAUGGGGCAUCCACACCGAGCUCUCUUUUCUCAAGAUUCUCAUUUUCGUAAGUUUGCUGAGUGGUGAUUGUGAUAUAUCGGUCCUUUUUUUUAAAAAAUUCCUCGAGGUGGAGAGUUGAGGAAUUGCACAUACUUUUUUCAACAUAUACCAAGCAAGGGAGUUCAGCAUUUUGACUACCUCGUAAGGCCUGCUUUCUUCCGUUAUAGUUGCAUUUUUGUGACAUUAUGUGUAACUUUUGCAUAUACUUGUAAUUACAAUGUACAUAACACCAAGAAGUACCAAGAGAUCAGAAAACCCCCUCAUGCAGGGGACCCAUGAGUAUAAACUUUGAUUUUGAUG